UAUCUCUAAUACACGCUCACACUGGAUGGAUAUACAGCGAGUGUGUGAGAGCGUGACCGGUGCUGACCCGCUUAUUAGCCCUCAUUGUUACUAUUCAUGUGGUUAUUUUUAAUAUUAGCAGCAUCACUGUCGCUUCUAAACAAGAGGAGGUUUUGGGAACGCGAGCAACCGGCUACUCUUUCCUGGGAGGAAGGCUGGAAUAUAUACCCUAAACCUUGCAUAAGAAUUUAGAAGUGAAAGGAUUUUUCUGAAACGCUCAUUGUGGCCUGACGCUGGAAUCAAUGCCGGGAAGUCGUUAUCCUCCUCAGGCAGCCUAGCAAAGGUCCAGAAAGUAGCAAGCUGGCUUUUGGAAAUGAACCAGGACCUGCUGGUUCCCGAACCCGGACCGGAGCCAGAACCCCAACCUGAGUACAUGAACCGUGAACGAGAACCUCAGCCCCGGGGUAGAGAACGAGCAGAGGGGGAUGAGGAUGAGGAUGACGAAGAGGAGGAGCAAGAGCGGUCUGGAGACGUAGAAGUGGAGAGGGAACCUUGGCCGUCAGGAAGGGAGUCCGUUUCUGCGCCGAGAACCGAGGCGGCCGAAGAGGGGCAGAGGGAGGAGGUCAACGGAGGAGAAAAAGCGGCCCAAUGGAUGUGGGAACAGGAGCAGAGGAGGAGGCGGCGACGGCGAAGGAACGAUGAAGAAGAAAACAACAACAGAGAAGGACGGAUACGGGCAGGACUUCCCUACGAGGAGGAUGAGGAGGAUGGGGAAAGAGAGGAGGAGGAGGAGAUGGACCAGGACAGUGAUGAAUUCGAAGCAUCAGAGGAAAGUGAAAGAGAGGAGAAUGAGGAGGGAGAGGAGGAAGAGGAAGGAGAGGCGGGACUUCACUCUUCCUCUGCCAGAACUGGACCGUUGGAUCCAAACGAUAACGCAGAUGUCCAAUCAGGACGACAGAACCAAAGCUCAUCUUCAUCCCAUCAAACGCAUCCACAGAUGAAAAGGAAGUUGGACCAUGGCCCAGAGGUUCGCCCUUUUCCUUCAGGCAAAAAGCCCUGUCCAAGUCCAACUGGUUUGGUACCGUAUCCAUCCACCCCCACUACAUUUGGCGACUUGAGGGCGGCUAAUUGUCAGGGCCAACAGAGACGCCGCAUCACCUUAAUCCAACCUCCAACAGGCUUACAGGAAUGGCUCCGAACCUUUCAGAGCUGGAGUGGGCCAGAGAAACUCUUGGCCCUGGAUGAGUUGAUUGACAGCUGUGAGCCAACGCAGGUGAAACACAUGAUGCAAGUGAUCGAACCUCAGUUUCAGAGAGACUUCAUCUCAUUACUGCCCAAAGAGUUGGCUCUAUACGUUUUGUCGUUCUUGGAACCAAAGGAUUUGCUCCAGGCUGCUCAGACGUGUCGAUACUGGCGCAUCCUAGCGGAGGACAACCUGUUGUGGAGAGAAAAAUGCAGAGAAGAAGGUAUUGACGAGCCUUUACACAUAAAGAGGAGGAAGGUGGUAAAACCCGGGUUCAGUCACAGUCCGUGGAAGAGCGCUUACAUCCGACAGCACCGGAUCGACACCAAUUGGAGAAGAGGAGAGAUCAGAUCUCCAAAGGUGUUGAAAGGGCACGAUGAUCACGUCAUUACCUGUCUGCAGUUUUGUGGAAAUCGUAUCGUUAGCGGGUCAGAUGAUAACACGCUUAAGGUCUGGUCGGCCGUCACAGGAAAGUGUUUGCGGACGUUGGUUGGACACACCGGCGGCGUCUGGUCCUCACAGAUGAGAGAUAACAUUAUAAUCAGCGGCUCGACAGAUCGAACUCUGAAAGUGUGGAAUGCAGAGACGGGCGAGUGUAUUCACACACUGUAUGGGCACACGUCUACCGUCCGCUGCAUGCACCUCCAUGAGAAAAGGGUGGUGAGUGGCUCUAGAGAUGCCACACUGCGUGUGUGGGAUAUCGACUCAGGCCAGUGCCUCCAUGUGCUGAUGGGUCACGUAGCGGCGGUGCGCUGUGUGCAGUACGAUGGACGUCGUGUUGUUAGCGGAGCGUACGACUUCAUGGUCAAAGUGUGGGAUCCUGAAACCGAGACGUGUUUACACACACUCCAGGGACACACCAACCGCGUCUACUCACUACAGUUUGACGGCAUCCACGUGGUCAGCGGUUCUUUAGACACGUCCAUUCGCGUUUGGGAUGUUGAAACGGGAAACUGCAUACACACGCUGACGGGUCAUCAGUCCCUUACCAGUGGCAUGGAGCUCAAGGACAACAUCCUGGUGUCAGGAAACGCUGACUCCACCGUCAAAAUCUGGGACAUAAAGACCGGACAGUGUCUCCAGACGCUGCAGGGUCCCCAUAAGCACCAGAGCGCUGUUACAUGCCUCCAGUUCAACAAGAAUUUUGUGAUCACGAGUUCAGACGACGGCACAGUAAAGCUGUGGGACCUCCGUUCGGGAGAUUUCAUCCGCAAUCUGGUGAGCUUGGAAAGCGGCGGCAGCGGCGGCGUUGUCUGGAGGAUCAGAGCCUCCAACGUGAAGCUGGUAUGCGCUGUGGGAAGCAGGAACGGCACCGAGGAGACCAAACUGCUUGUGCUCGACUUUGACGUUGAACUUAAAUGAACUAAAGGACUUAAAAGGGGAGGGAAGACCGAUCGUGAGCCUCUUCGUGCAGCUCUGCCACUGGUCCCACCACUGCUCACCUUUCCUGCCAUGACAUGAAAUGGCCCCGUAGUGACUGUGGCCGCAAAUUUUUUUUUCGGGAAGGGGGUAUACCUAGCAAGGGGCCGUUUUGUGCAGCUGUGAGACUGGUCCUUCCAUUCAGAGGCAUCCUCCAUCCAACAUGCUGCUUCUUUAAAAGGGGGCCUCCUCGCACAGCCUCAUGACUGGAUCCUCCAUCCAACUCAAUUCAUGUUCCGCGUCAUGGCGGUCCUCUUACGGCGUCCUGCUUCUGCAAAAGGAGGUGGGGGAGAGACGAGGGAUGGUGCCUGUGCUGCAUAGCAUUCUGGAAACGAUGUGCCCAAAGCAUGGAGAAAAGGGAAACGAACCUUUUCACUUCCUGCAGCUUUCUUCAUAAGAGACUUGAUGAUUCAAGCCUGGACGCCCCAAAUAGACUCAACAUACAGCGUUGUUUAUUUUUCUUUAUUUUUUUAACUGAAUCGAACAAGUCAACACUGUAUGCAUGUUGUAAGAGAGAAAGCCGCAGAUUCACUGCAUCAUGGGUUCUGGUAGAGAAUGCACACAGGUAUUAAGUUAAAAGUAAAGAGCUUUGAUAGGUGAGAAUUUAACUAAAGUAAAAGUGUGAGAACACACCAGCCUCCUUUUUUAACCUUCUUGUUUUUGUUGUUAACCCCCCGCCCUCCGCCCUUCCCACACCAGACACAUUUAUUUAGUGUUCAGUGCACAUGACUGUGAAUUCAAGUGUCAGUUCUUUGUUUUUCACAAACAUCAGCGUUUAUGUUCUUGUUUUUAAAUGGUUUUGCUUUCUGAUGUUACCUCUAGCCUCAGUUUUCAGUAUUAAGUUGAAGUGAUAGUUUGGCCAGAAAAUAAAACGUAUUAUCCUUUAGAGAAGUUAUGUUUGGAGUUGGAAGUUUGCUCCUUUGCACGAACUUUAGGGUUUUAUAAAUCAAAUUUAAAUCACAACAUUCAGUUCUACCUUCACAUGCCAAACUGAAGGCCCUGUUCUUCUCUUACUGUUGGCUACACGGCUAAUUUAGCCACCAAGUAAGGAAAGAAUAUAGUAUUGAGUUAAACACAAUGUAUCUGUUAACAAUAGAAAGACCCUCUCUAGUCGCUCCAGUGGAAGUGCAAAACCUCAGAAUAGAGCUUCUGACUCCAAACAGUUCUUGUCAUGUUCUAUGUGUGAGUAAAAUAGUGUGUACCUUUUAUUUUUAGCCCAAACUAUUCUUUUCAACAGCUGUUUUACACCCUAGAAUCAGAUUUGUUUUGUUGAUGCUGUUCUCCAUUUAUCAUUUUAUCCUAAGCUGCGCAAAACCUUCAUGUUGGCUCUUUUUAGUACUGGUGCUUCAUGGGAGAUUUUCUUUUGUAUCUGUAAACCCCCUGAAAACCUCAAUCUCACCCCCUUGCUGUUCUCCCAGUGGCCAAACUGAACUUAAAUGCUGCUAGUCACGUGGGACUUUUUUUUUUCACUGGCUGUGACGUUUUAGUCCCAGACUAAAUUCUAAAAAGUUCUAAACAAAUAAACAAGACACAGUGUAAAAGAUAUGGAGACCGACUUUCUUUUUGUUUUGCCACUGAAACUUGAGCCAAAUGUGCCUCUACGAGGCUGAAAAAGCAAGAAUCGAUGUCCGGCGAGAGUCAGAGCUCUCCACGACGGGCAGUCACGAGUGUGUGGGUGUGUGUGUGUGUGUGUGUGUGUGUGUGUGUGUGUGUGUGUGUGGUAAAAAAAUUAAAAUUGUUCACACAUUCCUUGGGACAAAAGUUCUGUUGGGGAAGUGUUGGAUAGAUUUAGUCGUUUUUAAUAAGUUGGAACAGGAACCAGAAACGCAUCGGACUGACAGACAUACAGGAGUCGGAUUCACUAACAUCGUUCUUUCUGAACAGGAGAAAAACACGCCACAGCGUGAUCGUAGCCAAGCCCGUUCGUCUCAUUCUCCGAGUCACACUCACGCUGAACUGUGAAGCUGGUUUAACACUGUAUAUUACGAUUAAAAAAAAAAAAGUUUCUCCUGUUUUAUUUUAUUUAUGAUCUGGUUUAAAAUAAUCAGAUGGAGGUGUUUGUUUCUUUUUUUUCCAGUUCAUGUUAAACUGCCUGGUGUAACAGACAAACCUUAAGGGGAUUGUCUAUUAGAAUUUUUAUUUUCUUAUAACUUAAGUGCAAUAAAAUGUGGGGUUAUUAUUAUUUUUUUCUCUUUUUUCUUUUCAGGCUUUGUUUUGUCAGUGUGAAAGUGUCAUAUGUGCCCAAUAAAGCUUCUACAGUUUAUUGUA